AUGCUUCUAGCAUACCAAAUUGCAGACGAACGUGCGGUGCAAUUGGCAAAGGAACGUGACCAGCGGAAGACACUCGAACAGAAGGAACAGGACGAGAUACAGAAACUAGGUGUCAUGGAGAACACUGCCAAUGAUAUGGCUGCAGAUAUCCUCAGUGGUCUGGACUUUUUGGAGGGCGAGCAGAAGGCCGCCAGCGCCGCGGCCGAUGCGGAUGGGUGGAACGUAGUGCCCGCGCGCAGGGGGAGCACGCGCAAGAACAGGAAUAACAGUGAGUCAGAGAAUACGCAUCAGAGGGUGCACCGCAGUAACUCAAAUGCCAUACGAAAGGAAAGUAUGCCGAAGGGGCGCCAACGUAGUACCAGUGCCGCGGGGAGAAAUAUGAACCAGGCGAGGGGUAGUACAGGCCAGAAGGGUAGCACGCCAAGUGCACUGAGGAGGUAG